AUGGGUCCUUUACAAGCUCUGAGCUUGCUCCUACUUGCCUCACUAGCCAACUCGGUGGCGCCGCCACCGUCCGGCUACCGCUCCACGCUCACCCACAUUGACUCCAAACUCGGCUUCACCAAGGCACAGCUGAUGCGCCGAGCCGUGCACAGAAGCCGCCUCCGAGCGGCCACGACGCUACCGGGUUAUUCCACGACGUCUUCCAUGUCGAGCACCGGGCCAAGGCUCCGCUCGGGCCAGGCCGAGUACCUCAUGGAGCUCGCCAUCGGGACGCCGCCGGUGCCGUUCGUCGCCCUCGCCGACACCGGCAGCGACCUUACCUGGACGCAGUGCCAGCCGUGCAAGCUCUGCUUCCCGCAGGACACGCCCGUCUACGAUCCGACCACCUCCUCCAGCUUCUCCCCUGUGCCCUGCUCCAGCGCCACGUGCCUGCCCAUAUGGAGCCGCAACUGCACCCCUUCCGCGCUCUGCAGGUACCGCUACGCGUACGGCGACGGCGCCUACUCGGCUGGCGGCCUGGGCACGGAGACGCUCACCUUCGGCUCUAGCACUCCCGGCGAAGCACCGGCCGCCUCCGCCGGAGGCGUCGCGUUCGGCUGCGGCACGGACAACGGGGGCGACUCGUACAACUCCACCGGGACGGUCGGCCUCGGCCGCGGGAGCCUGUCCCUCGUGGCGCAGCUAGGGGUCGGCAAGUUCAGCUACUGCCUCACCGACUUCUUCAACACCAGCCUGGGCAGCCCGGUCCUGUUCGGCUCCGUCGCGGAGCUGGCUACCAGUGGCGACGCUGCCGUGCAGUCGACGCCCCUACUGCAGAGCCCGCAGAGCCCGUCCCGGUACUACGUCUCCCUCGAGGGCAUAUCGCUCGGCGACACCCGCCUGCCGAUCCCGAACCAGACGUUCGCGCUGCGCGCCGACGGCACCGGCGGGAUGAUCGUGGACUCCGGCACCAUCUUCACGAUCCUCGUAGAAAGUGCUUUCAGGGUGGUCGCCAACCACGUGGCCGAGGUGCUCGGCCAGCCGGCGGUGAACGCCACGAGCCUGGACAACCCCUGCUUCCCGGCUCCCGCCGGUGAGCGGCAGCUCCCGGCCAUGCCGGACAUGGUGCUGCACUUCGCCGGCGGUGCGGAUAUGACGCUGCACAGGGACAACUACAUGUCUUUCGACGGAGAGGACUCGUCGUUCUGCUUAAACAUUGCUAGGGCGACGUCGACUUCGACUUCAGUGCUCGGCAAUUUCCAGCAGCAGAACAUACAUUUGCUGUUUGACAUCACCGUAGGGCAAAUGUCAUUUGUCCCCACCGACUGUAGUAAGCUCUGA